GUCCGGUUUAUGCAGGUUUUAUACGACAAUAUUUAUAAUUUUGACGUAUCGAUUUUCGAAAUUUUAUUCGAUUUACGAGAAAACUUUCGCGUAGUUUUAAAUUGAUUCGAAAAUAUUCUUCUAUUUUCAAUGCGAAGAAAAUCAAGAUGAGAACUCUGCAUCUUCCGAGAGAAUAUGCCAUCGUCAAGCAACCGGUUAAACCUCUUCCAGGAGGGACACCCCUUAAAUCUUUUCCAAGAUGGCUAAAAUUAAUCUCAGAAUCGAAAAUACCCGUCGGUCUAUUACCCAGAGAAGAAUUUCUGUUAACAACUAGACAAUUAACUCAAUCGUUAUAUCGAAAAUAUCCUCACCAGGACUUUGAUUUGAGCGAUCCAUACUUACAUUAUCUUCCUUCCAAUGAAUAUAAUGCUCUUAGUGAUCCGAACUGUCGCCAUUACUUUUAUCGUCCUAGCAUUUAUCGCCAUUUGAUGAAGGAGGGAUUUAUCUCGGAGAGUAAUCGCGUUAUCGUAAACUUGGCCGAUUUUAAUAAGUAUAGAGCUUAUCUAAACAGACUCCAUGUAAAUGAAAUUAAACAAUUCAGAAGGCGAGAGUACGAGAAUAUGUUAUACGAAAAAGCAAUUUUAGAGCGUAGGAGACUUCAGCAAUACUGGAAUUCCACAGAAUAUCGGUCGAUUCAGGAAAAGAGAGCUCGUUGUAUCGACUUAUGUCGUCAACUUAGAGAUUUAGAUGAGGCUGAAAGAAAAAGAUAUUUAAGAUUUUAUACGGCCGACGUCAAGAGAAAUCCGUGGUGGAAACGAGAAGAAUUGAUGGAUUCUGCAAACAACAAACGCCUGAAUGGAAUCGAACGUCAAUUAUUAGAAAAGAAAGAAAUUAAAGAAAGGUCAAUGGAACGUAAACAAUUGAUGAUGUUUGAAUGGAUGAAGAAGAUUAAAGAGCACGAAGAAAGGCAUCAAGAUAUGAAAAUCGUUGCCGAGAUUGACAGAUUUAAAAAAAAGCAAGAACGAGCUAAUUUUAUGAGAAAAUAUCAAGAAAUUCAAAUUCCCAUAGAGGAAGAAAUGAGGAAACUUGAUGAAUUGGAUAAGAAAGAAGCCGUUGAAUUAAGAAAAGCUCUAGUUAAUAUUAGAAAACAGAAAGCUUACAAUGAAUUCAUGCAAAUUCGAAAACAAAGAAAUCUAAGACGAUUUCCAAUUAAGAAAACAAAUUUUAAUAAAAACAAACAACGAGAUGCAGAGGAAAAAAUUAAUGAUCAAGCAGAACAACUCCAUAUAAUUUCAUCAAACAAAUCAGAAAAUGACAGAAGAAUUCGUGAAGAUUCGUCAGACGAAUUUCUGCUGGUAGAAACUUCAAAAAAUAAUGAUAAAAAUAUUAUUUAAAUUGAAGAAAACAUCGUAUUAUUCAUCAAAAAAAAUAUUAGAGAAGCCUAAAGAUGCUAAAUUACCAAAAAAAUUCCUUCAAUAUCGAAGAUAAUCAUCACUAAAACACCUUUAGAUUUUGUUUUUAUUUAUUU